UAUGACAUAACAACCCGCCCCCAGCUCCAUUGUUCGGACACGCCCCCUCCCCCAGGCAGUCGGCAGAGGCUCCCCCGUGCCGCCUUGUUCUCAGUAAGUUCAGAGCUGCCCGAGCUGGGGGAACAGGAGCUACACGGAUCCGAGGAUACUAAGCAGAAGCACCGCCGCGCUACCGAACUGGGCCACGAGCUGGCCUCUCACAACGCCGCUCCCCUGCACAAGCAGGGCGGCUGAGGGGAGCAGCCGGGGCGGGCGCGCAGUGAGCGUGGGACCAUGCUGCGCCUCGCCUCGCUGAAGUUCGGCCGAUUGUUCCGCUAUGGCAAGCUGCUGUUCGCGGCCAGUCUGCUGGUGGUGAUGCUCCUGAACACACAGUCGCUGAUCUCUUCCUUCCAGCGGAACGAACUGACGGACCGGCGCUUCAUCAGCCUCAAUAAGUGCCCGGCGUGUUUUGGAACCAGUUGGUGCCGGAAGUUUAUGAACGGGCAGCUGAGCUUCGAAGGCUGGGGGCGGCUGCGGCUGCUGGACUUCUUCAACGUCAAGAACGUGCACUUCGCUCAGUACGGGGAGCCCCGGGAGGGCAGCAGGCGGGUGGUGCUCAAGCGACUCGGUUCCAACCACGAACUCUCCGAACUGGACCAGCGCGUCUGUAAAAGAGCCACCGGGCGACCCCGCUGCGACCUCGUCCAGGCCAUGUACAAGACCGACUUCGCUCGUCUCAACGGGGACGUGCGCCUGCUGACCCCCGACGUGGUGGAGGGAUGGUCCGACCUGGUGCAUUGCCCCUCACAGAGGCUUCUCGACAGGCUGGUCCGGCGCUACGCGGAGACCAAGGACUCGGGCAGCUUCUUGCUUAGGAACCUCAAGGACACGGAACGAAUGCAGCUGCUCCUCACCCUGGCCUUCAACCCCGAGCCUCUGGUCCUGCAGAGCUUCCCAUCGGAUGAAGGCUGGCCUUUUGCAAAAUACCUUGGAGCCUGUGGCAGAAUGGUAGCUGUCAAUUAUGUUGGAGAAGAACUCUGGAGUUACUUUGAUGCCCCAUGGGAGAAACGUGUAGACUUAGCAUGGCAGCUGAUGGAAAUCGCAGAACAGCUUACGAACAAUGACUUUGAAUUUGCACUUUAUCUCCUGGAUGUCAGCUUCGAUAACUUCGCAGUUGGAUCACGGGAUGGGAAAGUUAUCAUUGUUGAUGCAGAGAAUGUGUUGGUAGCUGACAAAAAACUAAUAAAGCAAAAUAAACCUGAAAACUGGGAUGUUUGGUAUGAAAGCAAGUUCGACGACUGUGACAAGGAAGCUUGCCUGUCUUUUUCAAAAGAGAUUCUUUGCUCUCGGGCUACUGUGGACCAUAAUUAUUAUGCCGUUUGCCAGAACCUCCUUUCCAGACAUGCCACCUGGCGUGGCACAUCCGGAGGACUUCUUCAUGAUCCUCCAGCAGAAAUCGCCAAAGAUGGCCAUCUUGAGGCCUUGCUGGAUGAAUGUGCUAACCCAAAGAAAAGAUAUGGCAGAUUUAAAGCUGCGAAAGAACUGCGUGAAUACCUUGCACAAUUAAGUAAUAAUGUGAGGUAGUCUAUACUGUAGUUUUUUUGUUUUUUUUAAUUAUCUGUAUAAUGAAAGGUUUUAAUUAGCUGGAGCACGUACAGUUUUAUUAUACUGCUGUAUAUACAGGAGUUAAGGAAAUUGGAUGUUUUUGUGAAUGCUGUGGGAGUGAGCCUAAUGGCAAGCCAGCGUGCCAUGCAAUCUCUUUCAUAUGAUGUGCGUGAUCCUAUCUAAUUAAACUCACUAAAACUACUAUCGAUUUUUCUCACUGAUUUACCUGUGAGGUGGGUCAGAUGAGGAUCGCCAGGUGGCUGGGGAUAAUAGCCUUUCAUAGUUGAAUUGAUUAUUCAUGUGUCAAAACCUUAUUGACAUGACAUUACAUUAGUAUCACUAUUUUUGUGAAGCUGAUGCCUUUACUUGGAGAGUUCAAGUUAAGACUUCUGGCCUGUUUAAAGGCUCUCUUUUGCUGUCAUUUCAUAUUUGUACCUUUUAACACCCCAUUUCUGGAUAAAGGGAAAACUUGAGGGUCUAAAUUUUUUGUUGUAUUUUAUUUCCAUUUAGCAUAUUUCUUGGAAUGAACUACACUAAUUAUUUACUUAAAGGGCAGGGUUCCCAUAUAUUUUCUUUAUUUUUGUCUGCAGUUUUGGGCUUUGAUCGUGAUCUGUAUUUGUCAGCCAUGCAUUCAAGUUCACUUCUUCUUUUUGGUACAUCUGGUUUAUGUUCUAGUUAUCAAAAUGGUUAUCUCUGUUUAAGACACUGUGAUGGCUCAGUGUAGCCAAUGCCACUUCCAAUAGCAUUAGGCACUUCUAUCCUAAAAAUAUACCUAAACUAUAUAACCGACACAUUUCUGACAUCACAAAACAUAACAUAAUGUUCAUUGAUGUACCUUUAUGACCUAGUUAUAACUUUUAUUAUACUUUUUUACCUCUGUGUGUAACACUUGCUGUCGACUCCAUCUUGUUGUUCUGUUUGGUUUUUGCAUUGUUUAAAUGAUUAACCUGGGAUUUCUUUUAAUUUCUUUAAUUUCCCUGCAGUUUAGUACUUAAAAUCACAUUAAUUUGGACUUAAGUGUACAGCUCAUUGCACUUCAGUGGAGCCAACAGUCUAUAUGCCUAAGGCCUUCUAUUUUAGAACAGGUUGUAUUAUUAUAAUACACAAAAGCCAUGAAUAUCUUGUAAACUAUAUCCUUAUAAACAGUGAGUAAUAAUGUGAUCAGUUAUAAACGGUGAGUAGUGAUGUCAUUCCUGUCACAUGAUUCACUGAAACUUGUACCCCCUGUUGCAAAUAUGAGGAUAUUAGACGUUGCCUUGGAGUUCCAUGACCUGUAUAAAAAACUCUACCUUCGGGCUUGUGCUUUUAUAUCGUUAAUUCAUAAUAUUCUUAUAAUUUACAAGAGGUGGUACUUAAUUCACUAUAUAAUUCAGAUAAUAUGCCCACAGUUUUUGAUGUACGGUGGACUGAUUUAUGUUGCCUUAGUCCAAACUAAUGUAUAUAAUAAAUACACCAACAAAAAGUGAAUCCCCUCUUGCCCCAUAAACAAUUCCUAAGAUUGAUGUAUUCCUGGUGCAAAUGAUAUGAUGUAAACAUUCCAAAGUGACACCCUUUCACGAACGCAUUAAAUAUCCCCAUCCCCCCAUAUUAGUUGCUUUUCUAAUAUUAAAGCAAGAGAAGGCUGCAGAUGUUUUAUAUUUACCCCAAAAAAUGUAAUUCACCUAUGCCACGGUCCUCAGUUUCAUUAUAAAUAUGCCAUUUAAAUAAUACCGUUUAAUUUACACAAUGUUGACAAAGCAAUUUGACUGAAAAAGACUGGAUACAAAUAUGUAUGACUUCUAAGUGAUUCUUUUUCAGCUGGCUACUGUUUUUAAACCUGAAGAAGAUAUGGUCUGUGUUCUACAUUCUUGCUUUUCUCCUUCCUGAGAUAGUGUAUGUGUUCCUGAUGGUAUUAUUCUCUUAUUGGUUAUGAGGCUGCUGUUAAAAAUAUGAAAAACACUGCAAACCUGAUCACCAUAGCCCCUUGGUGAUCCACUUAUUAUUUGGCACAGAGGCUGGCCUAAAUCAGAACGAUAAGAUAGGUCUGUAUUAAUUUUCUUAAGUUAUAUUUAAUUAACUUUAUCUUGAUUAUGGUAAACUUUUAUUUUGUGUUUCCCCCUUAAAGAUACAGCCAUUUUAUUUGUUGACUUUAGUUUAUUCCAAAUUCUGUGAUAUGGCACUUAAUAUUUACUAAUUUUAUGGCUUGGACUAAUUGCCCUGUAAUCCCAUGAGAUAGCUGGUGAGUCUGGACAGAAAAUCUGUUUUGACCAUGCCCCAGGGCAAAGUUAGCUAGGUAAAUUACCUAAGACGAAUGAGCUUAAUUUUGUCUUUAAACUAAUAAAUUGACAACAAUCCGAUCAGUUAUUGUUAAAGCAUGUUUACCUCUGCAGUUCUAAAAACCAUAAUGGUGCAUUAAUACAAUGGAUCAUUGUUGAGCAUGGUUUCAAAUCCGAAUACCCAAAAUUCCUGUCUGUUGUUUGGUGGGUAGUGUGUGCAACACAAACCUGAAAAUGCCUGUACUUGAACUUUAAUGCAAUUCUCCUGAAACACAGUUGGGAGGUGGUGCGGCUCAAAGAACACAAAUGAAAUAAUUCAGACAUAUUUUUGAUCAACAGCUUUGUUAUAGUUUUUGGAUUAUUUCUACAGAACAGCUAGGGCUUCGAUGAAAAUGACUGAAAAUCCACAGAUUGUACCACUCCUGUAGAAUUAACAGUGCUGUUAUGUUUCACUGAGCAUUUAUAGAAAUAUAAAAUUAGUUGUUUAGUAUCCAAUAUCUUGGUAUAUCAUAGAAUGUGGAUAAUUGCUUCUCUAAUUCUGACACAGAACGCUGCUUAUACUAAAAUGUUUUACCUCUCUCGAACAUUCCAUGAUUUGUCAACUUUAGGUUUUGUUUGUGCCAUUUCAAUUAGUUUUAACAAGAUGCAAGGUACAUGUGAUUUAGUUGCCUCUUUGUGUCUGAUCAGUCUGAAAUGGUGAGAAAGUAUCUACUGCACUGGUGUCUCUAGCUCAUGGGUUAUGUAUAGCCGUUGGGAGAAGAAAAUAAGGAAAAAUGUUUUCAUUUGCAAAAUGAAUAAAACUAUGUAGAAUAUGCCUGACUGUUAACUUCACUUUGAGAGAAAUGAUGUUGAAGAACGUGAGUGCUUAUUCCAGGAGCAACUUGUCCAGGUAUGGGUUCUAUUAUCCAGAAUACUUUUAGGACUAGAUUUUUCUGUAAUAAAACAUAAAUUUUCUUAAAGAGAUACUGACGCUAGAAAUUAAACAUUUUUUUACGUCUAUCAUAGUAUUGGCUUUGUUUGCUACUUAUAAUUUUGCCAUAAAGUAUUUGCUCAAAGCUUUCACAUUACCCAUCUGACUCCCCAUGCUAGUCUGUGAGGGGGCUGCCAUAUUUGUGCAGCAGAAGUCCGUUCGCAUGAGAAGCUUUAACUUACAGGCUGAGAUGGGACAGUCAGGUUGGCAAAACAGUCAGUUUUACAAACAUCAACUAAAUUAUUUUUU